AGCAUCAAAACUAUCAAAACUAGUAAGAAACAAACCCCUAGACAUUGAACUUUAGUAAUUCCAUUAUUAUCAAUGGCUUCUUUACCGUCUGAAACAGCAGCAACAACGAUAGUAAAAGCAAAUGAUGUUGGUGAGUACAAUCAUCUUGCAAUGGAAAAAAAGAGGAAUUGGGGGUUUAUUUUGUUGAGAUUAGUUGCUUCAUUUGCCACUGCCUCAGCAACCCUUGUUAUGGCUCUUAAUAAAGAGACUAAAUCUAUUGUUGUUGCCACUAUUGGGACUGAUCCUCUUACUGCCACUCUAUCUGCUCAUUUCUAUCACACUCCUGCCUUUAUAUUCUUUGUCGUAGCAAAUGGAAUGGCCACUCUACACAACUGGAUGAUGAUAGCCCUACACAUCUUUGGACCCAAAUUUCAUUUCAAUGGCUUCCGUCUUCCAAUUAUUUCCAUUCUAGACAUGACGACCGUGGCUCUUGCAUCGGCAGGCGAUGGUGCAGCGACUUUCAUGGCAGCGCUUGGGAAGAACGGAAACAAGCACGCUCGAUGGAACAAGAUUUGCGACAAAUUCUCAACCUACUGUGACCAUGGCGCCGGUGCGCUCAUUGCCUCUUUUGUUGGUCUCUGUCUUCUUCUUCUCAUCUCCGCCAUCUCCAUUAUCAAGCCGCUACACAAAUCGAACAACUCAUUCGCGUCCCCGUAGCUGACUUGCUUUGAUACACAUCGUUUUAUUUCGUCCACUGUAUUUGGUUGGUUUAAUUUUAUAUCCUUUGCUCGUAACUCCAUGUUGAUUAAGAAUAUCGAUGCCAUCAUAAAAGUUUUUUCUUUUAUAAGAGCAUUCUAAAUUUGAAAUUCCGUUAAAAUGCAGUAUGGCCAUCUAAUUAAAUUCGUAUAACAUUUUGUUGAUGUCAACAACUAUAAGUUAUUACUUUUCCAUUUGAAACUCAGUUAUGUUGUUUGUUUUCUGUUAUGAUUGGUUACAUUCUCCACAUGUACAAACUAUUAUAUUUAAGAGAGAAUUUAUCCUAGUUGAAAGUAAUAAGAUGAAUUUCCAUUAU